AAUGUACUCAAUAUUUUUUCUGUGGAAAGGUACAGGUUGACGUAUGCUGAGACUCUGCAUCCUAUCCCAAGCACCAACGAAACUAAUUAGAAUGAUUUGUCUCAGGCUACAGUGACAGUUACCCCCCCCCCCCCCCCCCUCCUACUCGUCAUCCUCCAGGCAGGCCCACAAAGAAGCGUUUUGGUUUGCAGGACGUUGUGAAACAUCAGUAAAAGUGUAGCAGAUGCAAGGGCAUGAGACAUAAUAAAUCAACGUGCAAAGAAAUUUUAAUUGAAGAGCGAUGAUGGAUGGAUCUAUAAUUUCGAAAUUUGGAAUGCCAGGAUGUCAAUGAGUACCGAGCUGCAUUUCUCUUCCCGGAAUCAUAUUUUUUCAUAAAAAUGCCGUCUCCCUCAUCUGCCUUAGAUCUUAAUGCUAGUCUUCAACGCAUUCCUUUUUCUAUGACGUUCUCCCCGGUGAUAGGCUUUCUUUUAUGUAUAUAUAUACCACUCCCUCCUAUUUUGCCCACUAGUCUCAUUUACUUUGUAGUUAUUGUUCAUAUAUCUGGUGGGAUCCUGUUCAUAUAAGGGAAAAUAUUGUCUCGACAAUUGCGAAAAAAAUAAAUGAAACCAAUAGACUUAUUUGGAGAGUAUGAUCUGAUAGAAAGAACUAGUCUUUGAUCAUAUCAAUAAAUUUAUGAGCAUUUGCAUGCUUUUCAAUACAUAUUCUCUUACUCUAUUUGCCUCAUUAUUUUCACUAAAAAUUUCAUUGUCUUGGCAUGCCUAUGAACAUAAAACAAUGAGCUAAUUUCUAUCCAUUUGUGGACCCAUUAAAGAAGAAUAUAGUAUUACAUAUUCUGAACAUUCUAAUUUCUUUUCUUAAAAGUCUUAAGUCUAAACUCCUGUUGGUGUAUUCCUACCUGAAUUAUCCAAAGAAAAGUGUAAAAAUGCUGCUCAGCUAAACAACUGUCCACUGAUAAUGCUAGUACACAAGCUUGUACUGCAUCAACUGUUUGGAGUACAUUUUUUAAAUUAGUACCAGCAUGUCUUUGGUACCACCAUGUAGUACAAGCCUACAACUAAUCAUGCUACCUUUCAUUAUGGAGUAUAUAUACAGUUUGUUGCCAAUUUAAUUGCUCCAACAAAUUUAAGCCAUUCAAAAAAUCCACAUGAUUCAAAUAAUCCCCCGCCACAAAAAAAAAAAAAAUUCAAUCUUGAGUUUUAGAUGAGAAUUUUUAGUUAAUCUUGUGAUUGCGGGUUUUCUCUUUUACUCUUUUAAUAAAGAUUUAACUCAUAACCUACUAAAAAAUUUAUUUCCCCUCUCUGUAUCUCAAAAAAUCUCAAUUUUAAUCUACAUAUGCUUUCUAUUUAAAAUUAGAUUUUAUACAAAAGUUGCAUUUUUUCUUUUUUUAUACUCUAUAUUCUAGUAAGUUAGCUACAUAUAUUAUUUUUAUACAUUUUUUUAAAUAUUCUAAUAUUUUCAUUUUCAAUGAUAAAUUUAUAUUUUCUCUAUUACUCUUAUUUACAAAUUUAUUAUUUAUUUGCAUCUAAUUUAACAUAUUUCUUAAAUUUAUUUUAUAUUGAACACUCAACUUUUUUGUUUUGUAUGGAUAGUGUAGUGGGAAUUAGAAGAGCUAGGGAAGAGGUUGAGCAUGAGAUGGAUCAAUCAACAAUAUGCAUCGAUGUUGAUGUUCCUCCCAUGCACUGCCUCUUCCCUGGCACUUCUUCGAUCAUUUCCCUUUUUUCAAUUUCCUUUUAUUAAUUAUAAAUUUUCUUAGUUGUUGUAGAGAUCAACUUUUCAAGAUUCCAGUAAUGAACUCAAAGCUCAAUAUUUUUUAUUUCCAUUAAAAUAGGUUGAUUGAAUUUUUAAAAAGCCCUUUAAAUUCAAUUAUUUAAUUAUAGAAUGAAAGUUCAUAAAAUUUAUCAAACAAAGCCCUUUAAUUAGAAAAGUCAAAGUUAGACUUUUUAGUUUUUAUGUAAAGGUCUUGUAUCUUUGUUUGUAAGUAAAAAGUAAUCCUAUAAGCCUACAUAAAAGCAACUACAUGUCCGAAAGGUAUUAAGUAUAUCAGUAUUCAUCAGCACAAGCAUUAUAGUGAUACUAGCGGUACCAAUCAUCAGUACAGAUUUAUAGAACAUAAUGAAGAUACUGAGGAGCUCAGUAAAGAUGUUCCUGAACGUGUGUGCAGAAAAGCUUCAAGUAUACCAGUAUGUAAUCAAGCUGCAAGUGCAUCUACAUCAGUACAUAAUAAGCUGGCAGAUCUUAUUAUUGAGGAAUUUCUAGCAUAUUAGGAGUGUUAGUUUGUUUUGUAGGUUGUUAUAACUAACUCUUGAUUUGAUUUGAUUUGUUUGUAUUUUCUUGUGAUUUAGAAAAUGCCCACAGUUUGUAAGGCAUAUAAAAUCCUAACCCAAGAACAAACUUAUAAAGAAAUAAGUAGGGCAAGUUACAUUGAUGACACCCAAGACACAACUGUUGCUUGUAAGGUUGAGAAAAGAACGUUCAAUGAAUACGAAGGCAAAAGGAGAAGUUUCAACUACUAAUACAACACAUUUUGCAGAAUAUGGAUCAUUAUCCCGUUAUAGUGUAUUGGGGUGGGGAAGUAAGUUAUACUGGAUCCGAUGUUGGGUAUAAUGGAGGAUUAAAUACAGUGAUGUUUAUCCAUCGUCAAAAUACGACUUUUGAGGUGUUUGUUAGCAAAGUCUAUGAUGUAAUUGGUUGUGAUCGCAACUCUUUUAUGUUAAAAUUGGAGAUGAAAUAUCCGGUGACUGGAAAAAAUGUGUUAGUCCCGAUUAAGAAUGAUGAAACCAUAAGUGCUCUUGCUUAUGCGGCAUCACAAGCCCCUGGAACGGCAAUGGAGGUUUAUGUUGAAUUGGUUGCAAGUUUGGAUAAUGCGAGGGAAGUCAUGACUAGCAUGGAACUUCCAGAAUCAGGUCCUAGUGUACGCCAUGAUACAUUCACAGAAAUGUUAAGUAACCCAAAUUACGUUAGUGAGCACUUGGAUGAGAAUAGCUCUCCAACUCAUUCACGUGGCAUUGGUGGUGGUGUAAUGAACACCUUUUCCACGAGUCACUUGGGUAGCCUUAAUGCGAACGAGGUUGACUCUUUAGAUCAGGAGGAUGAGCAUAUUGAUUCUGAUUUAGAAGAGGAUGAUGAAAGAAGAGAAGCUCUAGAUGCAGCGAUUAGAGAUGGUGCUCCAUCUCAAGAUUGGCUUAGAAUUGAUGAGGUUGAUCAAAGAUUGAUUGAUGCAUGGAUGACCUAGAACGAUGACAACUCCAUGAAUGAAAAUGGAGACUUUAGGAUAGGGCAAGAGUUUAGCUCCUUAGACCACCUUAAGAAGAAUGUUAAAGCAUGGGCGAUUUCUAAUAAUAGAAACUUCCGUGUAAUUGAGUCGGAGCCUUCAAAGUACGUUAUCCAAUGCACUAAUGCGGAGGAUAUAGGUUGUGAAUGGAGGAUGCGAGCUGUUAUGACCGCAACGGGAUCAUUUAAGAUUGUGCGAUAUAAGGGUCAUAAUCAAGAUUGCUCAGUACAUUACAGUGACGACCAUCCCCUCCUUACUUCUGAAUUUGUUGCUGAUCUUAUCGUGGAUAUGAUUAGAGUUGAUCCAGCAUUUAAGGUGAAGUCAAUCGUUAAUUUUGUAAAAAAUAAAUACGGAUUUGUAAUAACAUAUAAGAGAGCUUGGUUGGCCAAAAAUAAGGCUAUAACAAAAGUGUUUGGGGAUUGGGAUAAGUCCUUUGAGGAGCUUCCACGGUACGUGCAGGCAUUAAUGCAAUCUAAUCCCGGAACAGUGGUGCAAUGGGAAGUCCAACCGACAAUGGAUCCUACCAAAGUGAUGUUUCAGCGAAUGUUCUGGGCUUUCGGACCAUCCAUUAAGGGUUUUCCCCACUGUCGUCCCCUUAUUUCUAUAGAUGGUACACAUUUGUACGGAAAGUACAGAGGCACACUUAUGAUUGGUAUGUCCAUAGAUGCAAAUUCUCAGUUGUUCCCACUUGCCUUUGCCGUUGUGGAGGGAGAGAGCAACGACACAUGGAGUUGGUUCUUGGAUUGUAUAAGGCAUUAUGUCACUAAGAGGGACGGCUUAUGUGUUAUAUCUGAUCGUCACAAGGGAAUUUUGCAUGCAAUGAACAGAGUUGGAAAAGGUAGGGAAGAACCAUAUGCAUUACAUCGGUUUUGUAAACGUCAUCUAGCUUCAAACGUGCAUAAGAAGUUUAAAAACAUAGCGGUUAAGAACUUAUUUGGAAAAGCUUCUGAACAGACAAAGAUUCGGAAGUAUAAUUUCUACAUGAAUCGCCUUAAAGAGCUUAAUGAGGACGCGUACAAGUACUUAGUGGAUGGUUCUAUUCCCGAGCGCCAAUGGACUUUGAUUCAUGACGGUGGGCAUCGAUAUGGAGUGAGAACUACAAACAUGUCUGAAGCGUUCAACGGCGUUAUGAAAGGGGCCAGGUCACUUCCAAUCACUUCAUUAGUUAGGAUGACAUUCUACCGGGUAAACGAAUACUUUGCCACAAGGAGGGAUUUAGGGAGAAGCAGAUUAGAUAGUGGACAUGUGUAUGCGAAGAAACCAAGUGAUACGAUUGAUAAGAAUGCUGAAAAAGCACGCUUUCAUGAUGUUAGGAUAUAUGACACAGUGCGUGGGAUAUUCGAGGUCACCACUGGUUGUGGCAAUAGGAUAGCAGGAAAAGGUGGAAAAUCCUACAUGGUUGACCUCACAGCAACAUCAUGCACAUGUCAGAAACCAACCAUCUUCAAGUUACCGUGCUCACAUGUUCUUGCAGUAUGUCGAGCUCGUAACAUAUCGUACGAUGCUUUUGUGGACCCUUCAUUUCGCACUACAAAAUACGUAUCGACAUAUAAGAAGUCUUUCAUGCCCGUUCCAGACAUGUUCACUUCCGAUCCUUGGAAUGGUCCUACAGUUGUUCCACAUCCCUCAACGAAGCGUGCAAAGGGUUGUCCGCGAUCAACUCGUAUACGGAACGAAAUGGAUGCACCGUUGAAGCGUCCUCGUAACUCGUGUACCUUUUGUGGAUGUAGUGGUCAUAAUAAGAAAACAUGCCCUCGAAGGUCAACAAACGAUCAUGGCGAUGCCGGGCCCAGUAGCAGAGGUUGACGAGUUCACACCAUCUCAUCGACCGGUGUGCAAAACAAAAGGGGUCGGGGGUUGUAGUUUAACAAGCUUUGUAUAUUCUUAUACGACUUGAACUUCUUGUAUGAGUUUCCAUAAUUGUAAUAUAUCUUUGCAUUAGUUUCAUAAUUAUUUUUUUCAAAA